AGUGCUUCUUUUUAUGAUGGGAAACACGCCAUAUCAACUUUGUAGCCAUUUUUUAAAUUUCCAUUUGAUUGGCAGGAAUGCCUUGGCACUCUGCACUCGAUCUCUGGUCUCUACGUCGUGGAGACGAGAAGCUUACAGGUUACACAGGAGCCCAGCUGCAGCUGUGCAGGUCCGGUAUGCUUCAGGGCGUAAAGGUUUUCUUGGGGAGUUUGUUGACAGUCUCCGUCAGGAGUUCGGUAAGAAUCAGGAGAUGAAGGAAAACAUCAAGAAGUUCAGAGAGGAGGCCAAGAGGCUCGAGGACUCCGAUGCUCUUCAACAGGCUCGCAGGAAAUAUAAAUCUAUAGAGGCUGAGACAGCAAAGACAUCGGAGGUGUUUAAGAAGACCUUGGGCUCUCUGUCAGAUACUGUCAAAGAGGGUCUCGAAGAGGCGAGUCGUUCCAACAUCGGGAAGAAGAUCAUAGAAGGUGUGGAAGAGGCAGCCAGAACGGCCAAGCACUCCGCUGAGUCCAUCUCAAAAGGUGGAGAGAAACUGGGCAGGACCAACGCGUUCAGGGCCAUCUCACAGGGGGUAGAAUCCAUGAAGAAGGAGAUCGAAUUCGGAGAUGCUGGCGCUUACAGAGCUCCUGCUCAGCUGAGGAUGAGGAGCGACUUCGCCUUUAAAACGGCAGACGGCGACACCAGAGCGUUUGAAGCCAACGAAGAGGCCAUGGGCGUCAUUCUGCACAAAGACUCAAAGUGGUUCCAGCAGUGGAAGGACUUCAAGGACAGCAAUGUAGUUUUUAACAGGUUUUUUGAGAUGAAGAUGAAGUACGAUGAGAGUGACAACGCGCUCAUCCGAGCAUCCCGAGCCAUAACUGACAAAGUUACUGACAUUUUAGGAGGACUUUUCUCAAAGACGGAAAUGUCUGAAGUGUUGACAGAAAUCCUGAAGAUAGACCCUAACUUUGAUAAGGACUCUUUUCUUAAACAGUGUGAGAAAGAUAUCAUCCCUAACAUCCUAGAGGCCAUGAUUCGUGGAGAGCUGGAUGUGUUAAAAGACUGGUGCUAUGAGGCGACGUACAGUCAGCUGGCCCACCCGAUCCAGCAGGCCAAGGCUCUGGGGCUUCUCUUCCAGUCUAAAGUCCUCGACGUUGAUAACGUAGAAUUAGCAAUGGGUAAGAUGAUGGACCAGGGCCCGGUGCUGAUCAUCACCUUUCAAGCUCAGGUCGUCAUGGUGAUCCGCAGCCCCAAAGGAGACGUUGUGGAGGGAGAUCCGGAGAAAGUGAUGAGGAUGAUGUACGUCUGGGCUUUGUGUCGAGACCAGGAGGAGCUGAAUCCCAACGCAGCGUGGAGGCUGCUGGACAUCUCCGCCUCCAGCACUGAGCAGGUCCUCUGAAUGAAGAGGGGUGCACGGGUGAAGAGGCUCAUCAGGAACUCAACGUUACGGAGGACAAACGAUGUAGCUGCUCAUCCUGUAUGCAGUAAAUUAACCCACGAGGGCAGAGUAAAAAAACCUGCUCCUCUGUGAUUGCACUCAUUCCCAUCAGCAGAGUAUUUAUGUGCUCACGUACAUAUUCUGUUGCUCCCUGAAACGCUUAAACAUACCACUGGAGAUCAAAUAUGACAAUUUUACAGAUAUCUGCAUCCAGUAUAAAGGAUAUUGAGUCAUGCUCAUCCACUUUGCGUUUGGAUCGAUUGAACUAUGAGUACAGCGUUUGAAAAAUAAUUUUAAGCUGAAUGGAACCAGACAAAGACAGAAGUUAUACCCCUCUAUGGAAGUAUAGAAAUGUGGUUUUGUUUAACACAAGUACUGUAGAAGAAGUUUUUCUGUUUAAGAAGGUGAAAAUAUUUGCUUGGUUCCUGCGUCAACAUGUCACCAACGGUGUUGGUGUUAAAAUCAACUCAAACCUGCUUCAUGUUCAGGUUCAUCUUCUCAUUGAAACAAAGCAUUUAUGAUAAAGACCAAC